UCUACUUCCCAAGUCUAAUCCCUUCACAAACUCCCCCUCCUAAACUCCCAUUCAGCUGCCAAACACGCUGUCAGAGUUCUCGAUCUCAGAGAUGAACUUCUAUUGAUUCACUAUAUAAUCCUGGUUUAUGAUCAGAGCCGUCCAAAUAUGUUUCGAUCCAUCUCGGCAACAGAGACGUGAAUCCACAGAAUCCAAAGAGGAUUCAGCAGCCUGGGUUCGUCUCCGAAGACGAGCUGGGGUGGAACUGGAAUCCCCUUACAAAUUGCCGCCCUCGCGCUGCUAUUCGCCCCAAUUGCUAGACAUUGACCAGGGAUCCAUCCAGGGCGCAUCUGCUUCCCUUCGUCCAGGCGAUGGGGAUGGCUGUACUCGACGAGGCCCAGCGGCGACGGCGGCAGAGCGUCUACGAGUUCUUGGACGCCACCAAGCCCGCGCGCGCCCAGGCGCUGCGAUGGUGCGAGACGGCGCGGGAGAUGCGUAGGAUCGACGGCGACAUGAAGGAGGCGGCCCAGCUGCUCCGCGGCGCCCUCUCCUGCGUCAAGGACUACGCGUCUGUCUACAGGACGUGGAUCGCCAUGGAGAUGGAUGGCGGCGGCGGCGUCGGCGUUGCCCGGUGGCUCUUCGAGGAGUGGGGCACCGUCUGCGCCAAGGAUGGAAACCUCCGCAAGGACGACGACGGCACCACCGCCGACGAGUACGGCGACUACUGGUGCGCGUACCUCGCGUUCGAGCUCCGUCACGGGGACGCCAGGCGCGCGCGCACCGUGGCGGCACGGGCCGUGAAGACCUGCCCGCACGACGCCUCGUUGCGCGACACGGUGGAGCUCCGCCUUAGAGACGCCAUCGAGAUCGAGCAGCAGAGGCGGCAUCGGUCGGGGCUGCUUCGCACUGCCAAGAAGUGGCUCUCCAAUGUCGAGCAGAGUCGCGGCUGCUCAUCGCUCGUACCCCGGCCGCCGCAGGGGUACCAGAGGCUCCUCAGCGGCUAGUCGCCGUGAUCGAUUGCUGCUUCUGGAUCGUAAACCAGAUUAGAUCUUGGUACAAUGUAAAUUGUUCCACAUUAAAUUGCAGAUGAUGGUGUUGAUAGAUGUAAUUGACAAUUCUUUCAAUCCCGUGCAUCAAAAGAUUCGGUCUAGCACAGUAGUUGUAUGUAAGUUCGACUGAAUUUGUAAUUUAGAAGUCAACUUCGUGGGAACAAGAACAGUUGGAGGA